CUUGUGAGGAAAAAGUGGACCCGCGCACCGACCGCUGGCUGGCUUCUCUUCUCCCAUCCGCGUUUUCGUCAAGAGGAUGUGACUUGGACGGAAUUCUUAAAACACUGAAGUUGGAUGUAUUUGACCGGCGGUCGUCGUUUGUUUCCUCUUAUUUGGUGCGACGGGAGUGAUGCCGAGUGGGGAAAGGUCGAAUCGGGGAUGAAACUUGGGUUGCGCGCUGGCACGGCACGUCGGGUGUCCGGGUUGCGCGGGUAGAGGCGGUUCCCCUCUGUCAUGGUGUCAGCGUCCGCGGUGAGUUCGCCUGGAGCACCAUGGAGGGAAGAAAGGGACUUUUCCUCUGUCUUCUCGUGGCGGCGCAGCUCUGCGUGAGCUCGACACAAGUCCUCAGAAUCGGUGGUAUUUUCGAGACCCGGGAGAGUGAGUUAGUGAGCAUGGACGAGCUGGCGUUCAAGUUCGCUGUCAAUAACAUAAACCGCAACAAGACCCUGAUGCCCAACACCACUCUCACCUACGACAUUCAGAGGAUCAACCUGUUCGAUGGCUUCGAAGCUUCGAGACGAGUCUGUGACCAGCUGGCUCUCGGGGUGGUUGCCGUGUUCGGUCCUUCGCACAGCUCCUCGGUCAGUGCUGUCCAGUCCAUCUGCAACGCCCUGGAGGUCCCUCACAUACAGACCCGCUGGAAACACCCGUCGGUGGACAACAAGGACACCUUCUUCAUCAACUUGUUCCCUGAGUACACCGCCAUUGCCAGGGCCAUCCUGGACGUGGUGACUUUCUUCAAAUGGAGGAAGCUGACGGUGGUCUACGAGGACAGCACGGGUCUGAUGCGGAUGCAGGAGUUGAUCAAGGCUCCAGCAAAGUUCAACCUGAAGAUCAAGAUCCGCCAGUUGACCCCGGGCAACCAAGAUGCCCGACCGCUGCUUAAAGAACUGAAGAAAGACAAGGAAUUUUUUAUUCUCUUUGACUGCUCCUAUCGCAUGGCCGCGGAGCUCCUUAAGCAGCUUUCAUCAAUGGGAAUGAUGACCGAGUACUACCAUUUCUUUUUCACGACUUUGGAUUUGUUUGCCUUGGACUUGGAGCCGUACCGCUACAGCGGAGUCAACAUGACGGGCUUCAGACUGCUGAACGUCGAUGAUCCCGGAGUGGCCUCCACCAUGGACAAGUGGGCCAUGGAAAGACUGCAGGGGCCCAAACAAGAGAGUGGCCUGAUGGAUGGGAUCAUGACUACGGACGCGGCCUUGAUGUACGACGCGGUGUUCAUGGUGGCCGUCGCGUCCCAGCGGGCCACUCAGAUGACCGUCAGCUCCCUGCAGUGUCACCGCCACAAGCCCUGGCGCUUCGGCCCGCGCUUCAUGAACCUCUUCAAAGAGGCACAGUGGGACGGCCUGACAGGGCACAUUGUUCUUAAUAAGACGGACGGCCUGAGGAGAGACUUUGAUUUGGACAUCAUCAGCCUCAAAGAGGACGGCACUGCCAGGAUUGCCGUGUGGAACUCGUACAAAGGGAUGAACCUGACGGAGACCAACCGAGACAAGAAUAACAAUGUGACAGACUCUCUGGCUAACAGGACUCUAAUUGUCACCACGAUACUGGAAAAUCCGUACGUGAUGUAUAGGAAGUCCGACAAGGAGCUGGCUGGUAACGACCGUUUCGAGGGUUACUGCCUGGACCUAUUGAAAGAGCUCUCAAACAUCUUGGGUUUUACAUACGAAGUCAGAUUGGUGGCCGACGGGAAAUACGGAGCCCAGAAUGACAAGGGGGAGUGGAACGGGAUGGUCCGAGAGCUGAUUGACCACGUUGCGGACCUCGCCGUGGCUCCUUUGACCAUCACCUAUGUGAGAGAGAAGGUCAUCGACUUCUCCAAGCCCUUCAUGACCUUAGGAAUCAGCAUCCUGUACCGCAAACCCAACGGCACCAAUCCGGGCGUGUUCUCCUUCCUUAAUCCCCUGUCUCCGGACAUCUGGAUGUACGUGCUGCUGGCCUGCACAGGAGUUAGCUGUGUGCUCUUUGUGAUUGCCAGGUUUACUCCAUACGAGUGGUAUAACCCACAUCCGUGCAACCCGUCCUCGACUCUGAUACAGAACAAUUUCACUUUACUCAACAGUUUCUGGUUUGGAGUUGGAGCUCUUAUGCGGCAAGGCUCUGAGCUGAUGCCUAAGGCUCUGUCCACUCGUAUAGUCGGGGGUAUCUGGUGGUUCUUUACCUUAAUCAUCAUCUCCUCCUACACAGCCAACUUGGCUGCCUUCCUCACCGUGGAGCGAAUGGAUGCGCCCAUCGACUCAGCGGACGACCUGGCAAAGCAGACCAGGAUUGAAUACGGGGCAGUGAGGGAUGGAUCCACCAUGACCUUUUUCAAGAAAUCAAAGAUCUCCACCUACGAGAAGAUGUGGGCGUUUAUGAGCAGCAGGAAGAACACUGCAUUGGUUAAGAACAACAGGGAAGGCAUCACCCGGGUCCUGACGACGGACUACGCCAUGCUGAUGGAGUCCACCAGCAUCGAGUACAUCAGCCAGAGAAACUGUAACCUCACGCAGAUCGGAGGUCUCAUUGACUCCAAGGGUUACGGAGUGGGAACACCUAUUGGUUCUCCAUACAGGGAUAAAGUGACCAUUGCCAUCCUCCAGCUGCAGGAGGAAGGGAAGCUACACAUGAUGAAGGAGAAAUGGUGGCGAGGCAAUGGCUGUCCGGAAGAGGACAAUAAGGAAGCCAACGCUCUGGGCGUUGAAAACAUCGGCGGUAUCUUCAUCGUCUUAGCUGCCGGUCUGGUCCUCUCUGUGUUCGUCGCUAUUGGAGAGUUCAUCUACAAAGCCCGCAGGAACGCCGACAUAGAGGAGUGCAUGUCUUUUAGUGCCGUGAUGGAGGAGUUGGGCAUCUCCCUGCAGUGUUACAAAGGCAUCCGGAGGAGGUCGCGACCCCACAGCGGAGCAAGAUCAGCUUGCAUCUUCUGUCAACCCAAGCGCACUCCGAAGAGGGAGGGAGCGAGACGCGACUCCAGCACGUGAGCCGUGGUUCCGAAAAGAACUGAUGGGACUGAGAUCAGAGAGCGCUCGAUCGGUCGCUCUCCACUCCUCGGCUGUUUGUUUGUCGACCGGCAAAUGACACAAAGUUGUUUCCUCGCCACCCCUGUCUUUAAUACUGUAUGUGUAUGAAUUACUCAUUAACCGUUAUACUGUAGGUGUAGUUUACAAAGUCCUGGCCUUGUAUCGACAUGACGAUGUUUAAGCAGGCGACGACGACGUGAAUGGAAGCUCUCCCAUAGCAUAAACCACCACUGUUCCCUCAUGAAUCUGCACACUUCAUAGAUACUCCCAUUGUGUAUAUGUGUGACAACUUCACUGAUUUUCAGAGUAAAAGAUUUUUUGCAUUUUUUAAACCCUUGUCAGAUUUGCUG